AUGGAAGGCUUUGAUGACGAUGGCCACCACAAGGCGAGGAAACGGCCCAGGGCCAGCGCGUUCCGCCGCGAGACUGAAACUGGGGAUGAUGACGUCCCGAUACAAACCACGACAUCUUCUAGAAGGGCGAUAUCGAUAGGUAAUUCCAAAGAAAUCUGGGAUUUCUAUGAGCAGCGGUUCAAGGACUGCCAACAGACGGCCUGCAAGCUGAUCGCAAAGGCCUGGAUCAAGGCGGUGGAACCCAAAAAGCAGUCGACUCAUCCCUACACGGGUAAGGACGAGAAAGCUCCCGACUGGUGGCCACGGGCUUGGGGUGACGCCAAAGACGAGAAGGUCAGGCAUAAGGAGCCAGACCAUCUUUACAAAAGAGAACGACUGCACCUGCUUGGUCACAUUCUCAGAAUGGUCAUAGAGCCAAAUCACCGGCAACACAAGGAUAUCCAAAAGCUUUACCUCGACGUCGGCAAACUAGAAGAGAUCACGAAUGAAGCCUUGUCGUCUUUCUUCACGGACAAGGACAACCCCAGCAAUGCCAAGAAGCGUCCGUUCUUGAAGGAGAUAUUCAAAGUGGCGAAGCAGGAAGAGCGCUACAAGGCUGAUUGCUGCGACGCGACGACGAGGGUAUUCGUCAUGUCCAACGACAAGGUUAUCGAGGACUACACGUCAGACAAUGAAGAUCUCAGCCCUUCCAAGGACGCCGAAGAUCAGGAACACACGUCAAUCUCGUCGAGCAUCUCUCCCGCGAAAGGGACUACCCCACACACCAUGAUGACGCAUCAUCACGAUCAGGAUCAACCUCCUCCGGCUCAAGUACCGGGCGGACAUUUUGCGGAGGAGAUGCCACUAAGGGGUUCGCAGUACUCGCAACAGAUGAUGGGCUCUGAGCUACCACCAGAGCAGGCUCAUUACGUCGAAGAACCCACUAUGACCACCCAGCCAUCUCUGCAUCCGACCGAGAAUUUGGCCAUCCACGGCAUCUACCCUAGUCAUGAUUCGAGCAGGAGAUCCUCCAUGUUUACACCAUCCGAGUACACCAGCCCUGCAACGCCUACCUUGUAUCCAGGAGCGGGAUGGCAAUCCGGGACCACGGCGCCUGGCAGUUCGUCCGUAUAUGCCUUCACGCAACAACAGCAACAGACACAGCAGCAGCAACAACAACAACAACAACAACAGCAGCAAGCACAGUCGGGAAGCCACCCGCCGUUCAUUGGGCAGCCCAGCGUUCCCAUGUCGCAAAACCAGCAAUACAUAGGGACUGGCUUUGAUGGGCUGCCAAGGUCAGGUCACGACCCCAAUCAGGGAAAUAUGUUCAGGCCUGGAAGUGUGAGCCACGGUUCGAUAUCUCAUCAGCCGGGAUAUCAAUACAUACACCAGGACGUUCGAGGUCUUCCGGGAUCCGGCAUUAAGAUGGAGGGCAUGCCUCGGAACCCUCUCAACUGA